UCCAAUCCACCAACACUCCUCGCCGCCGCCACUCCUCUUCCUCGGGAUCCAACCCGCAUCCACUCUCCCCGUCCCUCAUUUUCAGCACCAGGCCAACCAGCACGCCCUUUGAUCCACCUCGCUCUGACCAUCCUUGAUUUCCGCCACCGCUCCUACCCGCAGCAGCCACCUCCCGAGCUCCUCCGCUGCUUCUUCCCUAGGCGCCCGAAGCCUACCUCUCCUCCCCUCGAUCCCCUUGGAUCGUGAAGUUGUCUGAGGCCCCGAGCAGGAGCGCUGUCGCCGCCGGCAACGACCUCCAGCAGGCUUGGCCUCCUCACGCCAUCCUUCCCCCCGUUCUUCUUCACUCUCUACUCUAACCUCUCUCUCUUCCCCGUGUUCCCUUGCAGGAGUACCACACCAUGAACAUCGUCCCAUGCCAUCGGACCUCGCCUAGUCCUCGCCCGGCGCUUGAUCCAUCCAUCCCUGAUGCCCACGCCUCCUUCCUGCUUGGAUCCGGUAGUUCCGAGCCAAGACACCACCAUUCCCCUGCUGCCUUCCUCCCUGCAUCGUGCACCACUGUGCAUGGCCUCGUCUUCUCCGAGUGGUGUACCGCCAGCAGCCAACCAUGGAUGCCCGAGCCGCCAUGUUUCCUCCCCGAGCUCCAAGUCCCCGCGCCGCUCACCCUGCCGCUGUGUUGCCGUCGAGAACAUGCGCCGCCUCCUACAGCUCCGCCCGCACGCCACCUUGCCGGAGAACGCCGUCACGCGCCUGGAUCCGCUCGUCUCCGCCGCCUCCCCCAAGUUUCGUCGCUGUUGCGCCUUCGCCGUCCCACUUCAUGCGCUGCUGUCGCCCGCAGUCCACCUCCAAGGUGCUAGAGUCGUCGCCUCGCCAUGUCUUCAGGAGCGAGAGGCUGACGGUGUUGACCGCGACCACCUCCACGUGCCUGGGCCAUCUCCCCUUCGCCCGUUGACCGUGGCCCAGCUCCCAUCUCCACCGACCUGGGCCUGGGCCCAUGGUAAGCACCAGAUCCAGCACCCACUUUGUGCACAGUUGGGCCAGCUAGUUUCGGCCCGAUGUGUUUUUUCCUGCUCUGGACGAUUUUGUCUAUCAUUCCUGGAAUUGCCAGUUUUACACAAAAGUCCCUCUAGAUCAUGCAUUUAAUAUAUCACAAACCGUGCAUCGGAUUAAAAUGUUUUAUAUAUGUAAAAUGCAUAGAAUUUCAUCUAGUUUCACAAUGUGCUGCUUUCAUCCAUGUUAAAAAUGUUUAAC